CAGCAAGAUAUAAUCUAAAUUGUGCUUAAUUAAAAUGCCUCUACCAUAGUAUAUUCUAUAAACCGUAGUGGGUACCCUGGACUCAAACGACAGGUCAGAGGACGACGAUGGCCAGAUCACUUUUGUCUGUGACUUGUGCGACGACAACCAGCUCAGUUUCCCGGAACUUGUCCAACACAGAAAACUACGUCAUCCUAAGAUACAUGGUAAAAGGAUGGUGAAGAUAACAUGUCAGCCUUGUGACGAAGUUUUCCGUGCUAGACGAAAUUAUAGGGGACAUCUCCGGAGUAAAAAGCAUGCCAGAAAUGUCGCUGAUAAUGCGUUGAAGGAGCCUGACGAGAAAAUGGAAUGGCAGUGUGACAAGUGUGACAAAAAUUUCGUCACUACGUCCAGCUUCCAGACGCACAAGAGGAUCUUUACUUGUGAAAAGUGUGGACACCGGUGCUGUUCCGUGAAGGGCUUGCAAGACCAUCGGAAGUCGCAUGACCAACCGAAAGGACCGCCUAGAUUCAUUCCACUUGACGAGAAACCCUACUCGUGCACGCAGUGUGCUAAACGCUUCUCAAGAAAUCUCUCUAGAAAACUGCACAUUAGUUCAGCCCACAAAGGAAUUCGCUUCAAAUGUGAUAUUUGUCUUAAAGAAUUCAAAUUGGCCAGGACGUUAAAAUGUCAUAACAAAAAGUGUCUUCCAGAAGGUUCUAAGAAUUUAAAGGCGGCUGACAAGGGACACUCACGACCUACUGAAAAUUCCGUUUCUUGCUAUUCUGUGGUGCCACAUUUCGCAGCCACCUCCUGA